AUGGAACGCCGACGCAAGCCCACAGUAAUUAAGUUGCGAGAGCACCUGCAAGACACCACCAUACGACAUGCUGGUGGUGCGAAGGUGGAUUCGUCUUCGCAUUUGUCUCAGCCAUCUGAGAACUGCGUCACCCCUGAGAGCCUGAGCAUGCUAUCUCAGCUCGACGAAGAACUGCAGAAUGACUUCAAAUGGCUCAUCGGAUUCGAUUUGCGUACAGUUUUUCUGUACGAUAUAGAUAAAGGUAACUCUGUGCUUGAUAAUAAUCAGGAACUAAAUCAGUUGGCCAGUUGUGAAGAAAGUACCCACUUGGGGAACAAUGAGUCACCUUUCAAGAAGAAAGGGAAAACAGGCAGAAGAACAUAUAAACAGGCAGCAAUAAAAAACUUCAAACCUACAAAAUAUUCGAAAACUGCCGAAAUGGUAUUUCGGUGCCUUUAUGAAGUCGGCGAAGCAUCUGUCAAAGGCAUUUAUAACUGGAUUAGUGGUAUGUUUCCGGACUUUAAACCGUCAGAUAUCAGCUGGAAGAAUGCUGUUCGUCACACACUGACGGUCAAUCCUAUUUUUCAAAAAAAGAAGUCUCCUUGCGGCAAAUGUCAUUUGUGGUAUGUAAACAGAGCACCUAGGAACAAUAUCGGAAAGUCCAAUCUUCAGUCCUUUCCUUCAGAGAAUCUCAUGACUACAGAGCUUCCGAAUUCAAGAAAACUUAAACAAGAAAAGCAAAACUGUAGCGAGAAGAAAUUAUAUGGAAUGGAUGAGGCAAACAUAAACCAUGCUCAUGGUUAUUUUAUAUCAGCAGCAAAGGAACAUGAUGAAAAUAAUUAUCAGCAAAAGUGCAGUGUAGAACACUGGAUAAUAACUAAUUCAGAUAUGUAUGAUUAUAGAAAUUGUAAUCAAGAAAUAGAUCCAAUACAUGCUUCAAGAACAAUACCUGAAGAAUUUUAUAUUCAAGAAAUUCCAAUAACUGAAUUUGCAAUAGAAGGUACAAACUAUACUGAACCAAGGGAGGUCAAGUAUUUAUUAGAAGAAACUGCAGCCUCUGUACCAAUACAAAUAAUUCAAGCGAAAUCAUUAUAAUCAGACUUCAUAUCUCUACUGGA